AUGUCGCAAGUUUCGCAAGGGAACGAUGAAAGCUCGCCAACUUCCUCUAAGAUCCAGUCUGGCUACUCGAUCAACAACGGCCUUAUCCCGCGGGACUAUUUAGCUCGAUCUGAUCAACGCCCCGGAUCUGCUCCUGGCUCUCGACACAUCACACCUUCCCCGUUACAUACAAGCUCCCUGCCUCAGUCAAAUCGUGUCGACGGCUCUGAAUCAUCCCAGAGUCCUCUUUCUCCGAAAUCCGGCAAUCCUGUUUCCUAUCAGAAUCGGUCGCCAAUCACUCGUGUGGGCAAUGCACAAUACACUGCACCACCCUUUAGCAUAGGCCAGGGUCUGUCGCAAUCACCAGAAAUGGUAGGAACAGAAUCGGGGAAUCUCAGCGGCCAACUUGAUGAGAGUAGUAUGCCGAAAAAAUCCCGUGCGCCGGGGCCUGAUCGAUCUGCCUCUUCCUCUAUCAGCUCUAUACACUCGAUGCCGGGAGAUCGCGCACCCAAUCGUGCCAUGCCUAGGACCUCGUCGAUCGACUCUGCAAUUUCAUCCCUGUCUUCCAACUCCCAGAGGUCGAUCUUUGAUGUCAAUGCUCUCAGUCCAACCGACAUUAGCAAUCUCAUAACCGCCGCUGGAUCUGCCGAGGCUGUAAUUGUACAUCUCUUAAAGGAGAAACACCAAGCGGCCUCUCAAAACGCGCAACUUUGGAAAUUGGUCGACAAACAAAGAGCUUUGAUUCUUGGCCUCAACAAGGAUCUGGAGCGUGCUUUUCAAGAGAAGGAUAAAUAUCGGAAGAGGCUUAAAGAUACACAAGACGCUUCGUCAUUACCCGUUGCCGAGCCUUUAGCCUCUGUGGCCGUACCGAGCAGCGAUCAAGAGGAUGUGUCGUGCAAACCAGACCAACCAUCUAUUGUCCCACCAUCUGAAGCCUUUAGGCGAAGCUUCGAAAACACGAGCCCAGUCUCUGCCACAGAUAUCCCAUCCCCAGUAGGGGAAGGAAUGAGCGUGUUCCAGCAUCCAAGUCGCAAACCACCGCCUGCACCUUUGAAUCUACAAGCAGAGAACAACAUGGCAUCUUCGGCAUCUGAUUCUGAUUCCGGUUCAGAUUAUGGCGACGACCAGGAUGUAUUUGAGAUUCCAAGUGAGGGCCGUGGGCGAAGAAUGACGAGAGAGCAGGACGACCAGGACCGUGAAGCCGCGCUGCAGGGGGAUAUGUUUGAGUCUACUGGUCCUGUGGGACCCGCUCGGGCAGUGUCCUCUCAUAGCUCCCGGGAAACAGCAACGUAUAGCCCGGGAACGGUCCAUAGGGAGCUUUCUACGAGAUCACUGCCGAGUGUAGAUGAUUCUCACUCAUUGGGGUCGCUUUUGGGCUCUCGGCCGCCUCCUGCUUCGUCAAGAAAUGGGCGAUCUAUCGCUACCAUGCCCAAGAGCCCUGGACUGCCUUUGAGCCCGAGACCAGAAGAUCGACCUACUAACUCGCCCAUGCCUCGCAUGCCUCGAGACAUGUCUACUUCCAUGGCAGCCGUGUAUCAGACGCCAGGGUUGCCGCUCUUGCCAAGAAUGGACAACUACUCCACGAGUUUUGCUCUCUUCCCUUCGGGACGUCCUAUCCCAUUAAUUGAUCCCACAGUCAUGAUUGAUAGUCCGAGAUCUGCACAAUUUCCUGACAACCAAAUUUACCGAGGAUUGAUGUCUGAGGAAUACCCAGGCCUGCUUUUGCCCCCGAAUGCCCUUCCUCUGGUUCAAGUCAGAGUAUCUUCAUCGCGCCUUCGCCCUUCCCGGAACAGCUAUAUGGUAUCCAAGUCCCUGGAUGAGGAGCCUGUCUUUACUCUCAGUGUGAUCUUGCGGUCGGAUGUGUCAGAGCUAUGGCGAGUUGAAAAAGUCAUCGGUGCUUUGCCACAACUUGAUCAAAAAGUCCGGCAAUCUUCUCCGUUUGCCGGAAAAUUACCGGACAAAAGUAUAUUUAGCGGACACUCCCCUGCUAAGGUUGACUUGAGACGUGCCGCACUAAAUGCGUACUUUGACAGACUUUUGGAAAAUCCAAUGGAUGAGAUUGCCGCGCUAGCUAUCUGCCAAUUUUUGACAAGUGAUGCCAUAGAGCCUCGAGACGACGAGACAAGUCUCGUGAAAGGUCUCGCCCAGACAGGGUCCGAUAUGCCACGUGGACCAGACGGAAAGCCUCAAAAGGAAGGUUACUUGACUAAACGAGGCAAGAACUUUGGUGGUUGGAAAGCGAGAUAUUUUGUUCUCGAUGGACCCGAACUGAAAUAUUACGAAUCUCCAGGUGGUCCGUACAUGGGGACUAUCAAACUUCAUCAUGCCCAGAUUGGCAAGCAAUCGCCAAAAUCCACCGAGAACGCUUCACCUCCUGGGGGCGAGGAAGACUCCGACAACCAGUAUCGCCAUGCUUUUUUGAUUUUGGAACCGAAGAAAAAGGAUUCCUCAGCACUCGUUCGACAUGUUCUUUGCGCCGAGAGCGACGAGGAGCGCGAUGCAUGGGUCAAUGCUCUCAUGGAAUUUGUUGAGAAUGCUUCUUCCGAGAAUGAGGGACGUGGCAGAGCAUCUUCCAAAAGUAAACCUCAGUCUCAAGAUGAAUCUCAAAAGCAACCACUCUCCGGAGCGGAGGCCAAGUCUAAAAUUUUCAACGGGAGCAGGAGAUUCGGCCGAGGAGUUGAUAGUCCCGACCAGGAACUAGGAGUCUUUGUGCAAGGUUUCAGCUUUGAGAACGCAGUAAAAGCUGAUCCUCCGACUAUUGGUUCCACUCUUGAGCAAGCACCUCGAUCCCCACGGCCUCCGACGGCUUUGUUGACAGAAUUCAGGGACAUGAACAUGUCUUCUCCUGAUCACACAACACAGUCUCCCAGACUGAUAUCUAGGCCCACGAAUGGCACCGUCAUCCAGGAUGUGGAAGCCUGGGGUAACAAACCCAAGACAACGACGAAAGAAAAGAAACGCAGUAUAUGGGGUUUCCGCAGCAGGUCCUCUUUCGAUCUUACGUCCCAGGCCAGCAGCGAUGCACAAGCAGCAGGCAACAAUGUCGAGCGGGCGGAUCCUGUUAGACCUGUGUUUGGUAUACCCUUGGCAGAGGCCGUGCAAGAUUGUGGACUGCCAGGCAUUGAUAUGGAGCUACCAGCAGUGGUUUAUCGCUGUAUUGAAUAUCUCCAUGCCAAAGAAGCAGCCUUGGAGGAAGGAAUCUUCCGUCUAAGUGGUUCCAAUGUGGUGAUCAAAGCCUUGAAAGAACGUUUCAACACCGAAGGUGAUGUUGAUUUCGUGUCUGGAGAUCAGUAUUACGAUAUUCAUGCUGUGGCUUCUCUCUUCAAGCAGUACCUUCGAGAGCUUCCGACGACAGUUUUGACCCGGGAGCUUCAUUUAGACUUCCUUCGCGUUCUCGAACUUGACGAUCGCCAAAAGAAGGUUGUUGCCUUCAACUCUCUAGUGCACAGAUUGCCUAGGCCCAAUCUAGCACUGUUACGGGCUCUAUCCCAAUUCUUGAUCGAGAUUGUAAGAAAUUCUGAUGUGAAUAAGAUGACGGUCCGGAAUGUGGGCAUUGUCUUUGCCCCAACUCUCAAUAUUCCGGCACCGGUUUUCUCGAUGUUCCUCACGGACUACGACAGCAUCUUUGGCGACACUGAAUCAAAACCAGCCACUUCAGCUACGGAACUGACAGUCGAAAACACACUUUCACCCGAUGAUCUUCCUUCACAUUAUCAAAUGUACUCCGAUCUCCCUACGCCUUCGUACCAGCAGACUUCGUUUCGGACCGGUGGUAAUGCAAACGGUCCUUCCGAUGGCCCCAGAACACACUACGACACCAGCUUCACCCAGAUGCAACCUAGCCAUGACCAACCGACGUUGUCCAGACAUGAGCAGUAUAACCAACCUUCCGGUGUCGGCACCUCGCAGUCUUCUUUGAAUGGCAAGUUGGGGCCUGACUCAGAAGACACUCGCUCGGCAAAGUCAAAACGACGGGAGAGCUCGAUGCUCUUUAUGGAUGGUAAGACCAAAGCACAAGAAGAUCUUCAUGGCCUUAACUAA